AGCUGGCAACAGAAUCCCCCUUUAACCAAGUCGCUCAAUGCAUUAGAUACGUGGAAGUUGAGAUUUCAUCCCAACCUCCUCCGUCGACGCUAUCUUUAGGCUAACAUCAAGAUUAGGGUUCCUGAAGAUAAGGCUCUGUAUCUUCACGAAAACAAUAUAGUUUUCCUUCACCUUAAUUUCCCCAUUCUUUUGAAGUUUUCAUAGUCAUCUGAAUCAUGGAGAUGGAACGGGUUUUCGAAUUUCCUCACACUCACAUGGAUCGACGCCCGAGAAAGAGAGCGCGGUUGGGCUGGGACGUCCCUGAGGCUUCUACGGCUCAGGUAGGAUUGUUUUGUGGACAAGAUGUUGGGACUAUUUCCAGCUAUGCUCCUUCAAGUGGUCCCUCAGAACAUAGCACUAGUUCUCUAUUUGUUAAGGAAGUUGCACAAAAUGGUUCUCCCUCUUGGCGAGACGAUGACAAAGAUGGACAUUACAUGUUUGCGCUUGGAGAAAAUUUAACUUCUCGCUAUAGGAUCCACAGCAAAAUGGGUGAAGGAACUUUUGGAAAAGUCUUAGAAUGUUGGGACAGAGAAAGGAAAGAAAUGGUUGCAAUAAAAAUUAUCCGAAGCAUAAAGAAGUAUCGAGAAGCAGCCAUGAUAGAAAUUCAGGUGUUGGAACAGCUUGGUAAACAUGACAAAGGAGGCAAUCGUUGUGUGCAAAUACGGAACUGGUUUGACUAUCGUAAUCAUAUCUGUAUUGUGUUUGAGAAACUUGGACCAAGCUUAUACGAUUUUCUUCGGAAAAACAAUUAUCGCUCCUUUCCCAUUGAUCUUGUCCGUGAGAUUGGCAGACAACUAUUGGAAUGUAUAGCAUUCAUGCAUGACUUGCGGAUGAUUCAUACCGACCUCAAGCCGGAAAACAUACUGCUAUUGUCACCAGAGUAUGUCAAAGUUCCUGACUACAAGAGCACAUCCAGAUCUCCUGGUUCCUAUUUCAAAAGGGUUCCCAAAUCAAGUGCUAUAAAGGUUAUUGAUUUCGGCAGCACCACUUAUGAGAGAGAAGAUCAGAAUUACAUUGUAUCAACUCGUCAUUAUAGAGCUCCUGAAGUUAUCCUUGGACUUGGCUGGAGCUAUCCGUGUGAUAUUUGGAGUGUGGGGUGUAUAUUGGUUGAGUUAUGUACGGGAGAAGCUUUAUUUCAGACUCAUGAAAAUUUAGAGCAUCUUGCAAUGAUGGAAAGGGUUCUUGGUCCAUUACCACUGCACAUGUUGAAGAGAGUCGACCGACAUGCUGAGAAGUAUGUUAGGAGAGGUAGAUUACAUUGGCCUGAUGGUGCGACUUCAAGGGAUAGUAUCAAAGCUGUAAUGAAGCUUCCAAGGCUACAGAACCUUAUAAUGCACCAUGUGGACCAUUCAGCUGGCGAUGUCAUACAUCUCUUGCAGGGGUUACUUAGGUUCGACCCUUCUGAAAGGCUUACAGCCAAAGAAGCUCUUAGACAUUCCUUCUUUAUGAGAGACCACUUUAGGAGAUAAUUCAUUUUCUAAGACACGGCAUCAUUGACCUUAUCAAGGAUGUACAAGUGUACAAAGGAACGCUCAUCUGUGUGACGGCUGGUUUUUCUUCAGCCUUGCUCACUCCGAGGCACUGAAAAGCCCUUAUUUAGGGAAUUUCGAAUCAAUCUGAAUUCGAUGUACAGAAGAAAACUAUACAUAUUAUGGGGGUAUAGGUAGAUUAUGGGCACGACUCAUUGCAUCCUGACCUCUAUGGGCGAAUUGAAAGUUUCCAUACCUGGGCAAUAUUGUGAAGUUUGGCUGACUUUGAAACACACAAAGCAAGCUGUGACUUUCGAGUCUAAAUUAGUAGACUGAGUUAAUUAUCAUAAACUGAGUUGUAGAUAUCGUUUAUUAGUAUUAAGAAAAUCAAAAUUAAAAAUGAAAGGUAGUAAUAGUAUUGUUAACUGAAUGAUUUGAGUAAAAAAAAAGGUUCAA